CCCCUUUCCUGCCGAGAUAAGAGCCGCGCCCCUUCCCUCUCCUCUUCCUCCUCUUCCCCCAUUUCUUUUCCCUCCUGCUUCUCUCUUCGUGUUCUUCCUCCUUGCCAGCCGCUCUUUUCCCUCUGCUCCGCAAUCUGAGGAUCUGUGAGACCAUGCGCCUCUUGCCGUCGCCGAUCUUUCCCUUGCUUGCGCAUUGCUAGAUCCUAGCCCCUCAGUCCUCCCCGCGGCACCGGCCACCUUGGAUCCAGCGGGCCUGGGUGCAGCGGCGAGUGAGGCGUCGUCGAGCCCCGCGCAGGCCGAGAGGUCGAGCGUGGCCAGGGUCGGGAAGGUGCGCAGGACUCAGACUGCACUGGGCGGCGGAGCAGGUGCGUGCGAAGGCGCAGCCGGUGAGGCGGCACGACUUGCUGUCGCGCGGGUUGCGCCCGCCCGCCAACGUGUGGGCAAGCUGGUCUAGCGACAGCGCGUCCACGCUCGCGCCGCUGUCGGUGGAGCUACUGGAGUCGUCGUGGCAGUGAACCCCCGUAUCAGCGUACCCAACCCUAACUCUCUCUCCAUCUCUUUUUUCCCUUCUCUGACUUUCCACUCCAUCUCCACCACCGAGGUCAAGCGUGGUGGUGGCCCAAGCAGAAGCACUAAAGAUGGAUCCAUGGUGGAUCUCGACAGUGGUAACCUCAGCUAUCUCUCCAGUCAUGGACCAGUGAAUCAUCUGAGUCGUUGUCAAGAGGAAUGCAGACAUUGCCUUUAAAUCCAAGGAUUUUGCAACUGCCGUCAAGUGUUACUCAAGGGCUUGCGGACAGGGUUAUCUCCAGGCACAGCAUUUCCAUCUGCAGUACACCGUGUAUUGUUACUCGCUACAGAUACUUGCCUGCAGGGUGUGCCAUCAUGAGGUAAUACUAAUAACCCCUUUGCUUAAUCUGAUGCGUAUAGUCCCAUAAACAUCAUAGUAGGAUAGGACAAAAUAGCACCCUCAUGAUAUAUGUGAAGAGUUAUUAUAUAUGAGGCUGCUGUGUAUGGAUUAAGUGCAUUGGCAGUGCAUUGGCAAUGGGUGUCCUCUCAGCAAUAUGGUAAGUUGGCUCUGAGUGUUGAUUCUUUGUUCCGUGUGCUCUACUAUUUAAAUUCUUAUAAGCAGAAAUUUUGUCUAUUACAGGUGUCAGCUUUGUUACCUUUGAUAUUCUGUCAGGUCUCAGUCUCAAGUAAUCUGUUAAAGCAUACAUGUAAUGAAUCACACACAUGCGCGGAGAGCGAGCGUGGCGGGCCGGCGCGAGGCGAGCGGUGCAACGGGCCGGCGCCAGGCGCGCGCGGCGAGCGGACACGCGCGGCGGGCGGGCAGGCGCGAGCGCAGAGGGCGGGCGGGCGGGCGCGAGGCGAGCGCGGCGGCCAUCUGCAGCCGUGCGCGAGGCGAGCGGCGGAUCCGGGACCUGCAGUUUGCGAGCAUCCGGGGCCUGCAGCUUGAGGCCACGAGCUUCCUGGGAAGCCGGCAGACGGGGCACGGGAGGACAGUCCAGGGGCAGUGGAUGGAGGAUGGUACCGAGAACGUCUUAGAUAUGGAUAUUGAUAGGCCAAAUCACAAGGAUUUUGAACUUGUAGUUAGGGUUCGGUCAUUUUUCAGUAUGCCAGAUGGGGGGCCAAAGUUAUGGCGACAGGGUAAAAUAUUGCCAACACAAUUUAUUGACAUACAUAACUAUGGUCUGCAGUAGCUAGUUGAUUUCGUAGCUGAACAUUACAUGUGGGGUUCUAAGCAGUUGUGCACUUUAUGGCGUGAUUUGGAGAAUAUAUCUUGUGAGAUAAAAUCUAAUGAAGAAUUGCUUGAUUGGUUUCUACUCAAUCUAGACAAAGGGGUUGCGUGUAUCAAUGUCCAGAUGAAUGAUUUUGAGGGGGCAUUACAAUGUUCACCAACAAAACGUAGAUGUCACCCUUUUCAUCGAGGACCCACAAAUGAGACACCAACUAAUAAUGAUACACCAUCUAAUAAGAGACCCACAAAUGAGAUCCCCACUAAUGAGAGAACCAAUUUCAAAAAAAAGGUUGCCAAAAUCCAGAAGUCUAAAAAAUCCAGAACCAAUUUCAAAACAAAGACUAUCAAAGAUCAUGAUGUCUUAAUAUGUGGAGCUGGGACAGCUGAAGUAACUGUGAACAAAUUUAGACAUGUAGUGAACUUGGAGUUGAAAACAUGUUCUUGUAGGGUUUGGCAAGUCACUGGAAAGCCUUGUAGUCAUGCUCUAGCUUUCAUUGCAAAGCUUAGUAGGGAGGUACAGAUGGAUGAGUUUGUACAUGAAUACUUCUCUGUUGAUAGGUUUAGAAAGACAUAUGAUGGUACUUUCACUCCAAUGACAUCCAAGGACCAAUGGCCAAAAGUUGAUUUGGGCUACAAAAUCCAAAAGCCUAAACUGAGAAGGAAGCCUGGGAGACCAAGAAAGUCUAGGAUAAAGGCUUAUGAUGAAAUUAGCACUAGUAAAAAAAGGAGACCAUGUACUGAAUGCAAUGAACUGGGCCAUACAGCUAAACAUUGUCAAGGAGGCCUUACUGCUAGUCAAAAGAGGAGGCAGACAUCUUCACAAGAUGGUUCUGCGAUGGAUUGCAACGAUUCUGUUGCAAGUGAAGCUGUGAGGGGAAGAGGAAGAGGAAGGGGAAGGGGAAGGGGAAGUGGCAGAGGAAGAGGAAGAGGUGCAGCACGGGGUGCCAAUGAUACAAACACAAGUGCGGCUGGACAGAGAAGGGGAAGAGGAGGGACACCAGGGAGGCUAGCAAGUUUGUUAGGUUUAGAUGCUUAAAUAUGUGCUGUUUGACACCUAGACUAGUAAAAAACUCACUAUUACUAGGUUCUUUUGUUGGACAUGUCAUGCAGACUUGUACUUUGGAUCCUUAUGCAAGUUGGUGUGCAAAACUGUAGGUUGGGAUCUCAGAUUGACAUCCUUGAUGUGUUACAAUGUUAUAUAUGCUGCCAUGUUUGAAUCUAUGGAAGUUGUGUCAAAAUGCUACCAAAUUUUUAUCAAA